UAAUCAGAACGGCAACAGCAAGACAUGCCACUUUCAACGCCAUUGCAGGUCGUUGGAUAGAUCUGGCCGGCCCAUGAUAAAUGCGAAGUGCGGUUCGAUGUCUAUCCUGGCAUCACGUGCUGAGUGUAGGUCACAUGUCAGUUCUACGGAUACAUUGUACAUAUACAUGCACAUGUGUAUUUCGCCAUCUUCAUGUUCUCUAACGUCGAUGUCGGAUGUUCAUCACCGACUAUGAAGGUUAUCAGUUGACUGUGAAGGAAAGUCGAAAUGUAUGCUGAGCAACGGCUGCUGCAAACAGUGGUACAACGGAGCCAUAUUCAUGGUAAAAUCGGUAAAAGGGCUUGUGAAUAUGUCAUUCCCGAAUAUUUCUGUAAAGCAUCUCUAGACAUGCAGAAAGAUCAUAUGGUGGUCAAACUCAUCGUGGGAGAAACAACCCACAACGUGGAGUUAACCCCCCUACUACUCAGUACCCCAAGAGCAGCCUCGCCAUUGAGGAUGCGCGAUCGCUAGACAAACUCACAACGUCCGAUGGAGCACCACCAUCACUACACCACCAAUUUCCACCGAGGUAUAUAAAAUCCAUUAUUCCCGGUGUCACCGAUUCAAGUGUGCCGACAGUCCCGCAAAACAACGACAGCCAAAUAAUUAUCCUCCGAAAUCAACAGACUAACCACCCUGGAAAAGCCCUUUCUUUCGGU